AUGGCCUCAGUUUCCAGUCUUAGGGUAGUGCUGAGAGCCACCCAGCCGUUCAAGAGCAGCGGUCCCGCCUCUCCGCCACCGUCCCGUCUCUACGCCACCGCCCCGCCUCUCCGCCAAUCAGGUGCAGCCGGCAAUAGGCGCUCGCCGUCUCACAACUUCUAUGUAACCCACUUCCUUGCGUCACUUCCGGUUUUCGGCGCCUCUCUGUCCUUCCAGCCGCGUUUCUAUGGUGCUCCGCCGGAAGUGGCUUAUUUUCCGGGACACAUUCGCGACGCUGUGAAAAAGCGCCCCGCGAUUCCUUUCCUGCUCUAUGAUGAGAGCGACUCGGAUGCGGAAGAAGAGCAGACCACGAAACGCCGGCGACCCACGCUGGGAGUUCAGCUGGAUGACAAACGCAAGGAGAUGCUGAAGAGUCACCCUCUGUCGGUCAUGCUGGAUCUCAAGUGCAGAGAUGAGAGUGUGCUUCACCUGACCUUCUACUACCUCCUGAACCUCAACAUCAUGACCGUAAAAGCCAGAGUGACGACGGCCACGGAGCUCAUCACCCCCAUCAGCGCAGGUGACUUGCUGUCACCUGACUCAGUCCUGAGCUGCUUGUAUCCUGGGGACCAUGGAAAGAAAACACCGAAUCCAGCCAAUCAAUACCAAUUCGAUAAAGUUGGCAUCCUGACUUUGAGAGACUAUGUCCUUGACCUGGGCCACCCAUAUCUGUGGGUGCAGAAGCUGGGCGGCCUCCACUUUCCCAAAGAACAACCACAGCCCACGGUGACUGCGGACCACUCGCUGAGCGCCAGCCACAUGGAGACCACCAUGAAGCUGCUUAAGACCCGGGUGCAGUCUCGCCUGGCCCUCCACAAGCAAUUUGCAUCCCUGGAACAUGGCAUCGUGCCCGUUACGAGUGACUGUCACAACCUCUUCCCUGCCAAGGUGGUCUCUCGCCUGGUGAAGUGGGUAACGAUGACCCCUGAAGAUUACAUGGAGCUGCAUUUCACCAGAGAGAUCGUGGAGGCGGGCCUGGCAGAGGACACCAGUCUCUACUACAUGGCACUCAUCGAAAGGGGCACAGCCAAGCUCCAGGCCGCUGUGGUGCUGAAUCCCGGCUAUUCCUCUAUCCCACCCAUUUUCCAGCUCUGUCUGAACUGGAAGGGGGAGAAGACCAACAGCAACGAUGACAACAUUCGGGCCAUGGAGAGUGAGGUCAACGUGUGCUACAAGGAGCUGUAUGGGGCCCAGACCAGCUACCAGCUCUUGACCAACCAGCUGCAGCGGCUCUGCGUGCUUCUGGACGUCUACCUGGAGACCGAGAGCCACGACGACAGCGUGGAGGGGCCCAAGGAGUUUCCCCAAGAGAAGAUGUGCCUGCGGCUUUUCAGGGGUCCAAGUAGGAUGAAGCCGUUUAAAUAUAACCACCCUCAGGGCUUCUUCAGCCAUCGCUGACCAGUCCUCGGUUAGGCCAGUGUUUCCACAGGGUCCCACCUUGAUGCCUGCACUUCCACUCUGCUGUGGCCCCCAGGUGGCUCUUGAGAGCCUUCAAAGACA